AUGCUCUAUCCUCUCUCGUUCAGCAUCGACCCGGGCCGCCCCAUCGAGUCGUACUUCCCGCUCGCCUCGACCUCGUCCGCCAACAAGGUCCAGCACACCGAGGCCAACGCGCAGCGCAGCCCAGCCCCUCGCGAGCCCUUCGUCGACGCAGCCAACGUCCAGCACUCGUCCCGUGCGGCGCCGGUCAACCCGUUCAGCUCGCCGCCGGUCCGCCUCCGCGACGACCACACGGCCGACCCGCGCAAACGGCCUCGUGAGCGUCCUGUGCAUGUACCAGUCGGGUCCGUCAUCGAGAUCGAGGGUCCAGCAGUGUCGACGAGCUCGCAGAGCGCCGUCAAGUCGAGCCAGGUCGCGAGCGGCAAAGGCCCCGAGCGUGUCGUCGCAUCGUCAAGUCGUCGUUCCACCGCGAGCAGUGUCGAGCAGCAGGUCGAGCAGCGCGCACCGUCAAGCCGUCGCCGAUCUUCCCCGGUCCCGGAUCUCGACUAUGCGCUCCCCGACACGUUCUCGUCGAGCGCCCUCAAACCGCCGCUGUCGGGCCUGCGCUUCCCGUACUACAUGCCCUACCUCGUCGACGAGCCCGUCGAGCCCGCGUGGUCGUCGACCUACUGUACGGCCUUCGUCGAGUUUGCCUGCACGGUUGCGCCUCCUCCAAGGUGGAGCACACGCCCCGGCACGCUCGUGUCCGAGUACGACGCGCCCGCCAUCGUCCAGGAGAUCCGCACCUACCAGCCCAACAAGGCCCUCAUCCGAGACCGCGCCCCGCUGUGUACAUCGAAGGCCGGCGACACGGUCCCGUUCGGGUGGCACGGCAAGUUGCUCGCCAUGAAGGACGUCAUGCGGUGGAUCUGGGACGACGAGACGCUCUCGGUCGAGCACGUCGCCGGCAUGAUCCUGACGGCGCCCAUCUCGAUCCACAUGAUCAUCCGCACGUUCGGCUCGAUGCAGCGCUUCACCAGCGUGCGCCGCAUCGCCGAGGAGGACCUGACCCAGUACCUGUCGCGCGUCGGGUCGCCCUCGUCGCGCGAGCGCGCCGCGCUCGUGCUCCUGCGGUGGUUCCAGCGCCCGGACGCGCCGCACGACAGGAGGUACCGGUUCUUUGUCGAGCGCGGUGGGACGGUCAGGAGGGGCCCGAGGGGCGAGGACGGGUGGGAGUGGUGGUUCGCGCCGCGAGGGCCGGGAGGGAUCGAGAGGCGCGAGAGCGAGCUCGACGAGUGGGAGAGGGACGUCAUCAGGACGGAGGGGUGGACGUCGUAG